CUGGGGGGCGCCUGCCCGCGGGGAGCGGGGGAGCCGGGCGGAGGGGCGCGGCGGGGCAGUCUCGCUGCUGCAGGUGCAGGAGUCGGGUGUCUUUUUUAGUGGUUUCUGGCCUGACCUGGUUCCAAAUGCUGUGAGCAAAGUUUCUUUUUCGUGGGAGGAAGCUAUACGCACCCCUCUAAAAACGAGACAAGCCAACCAAUAAACGCCGGCACCUCGCUGCUGUGGAAUUCACACUCGGUUAUUUUGGCUCUUUAACCACAAUGGGAAAAUAUUGUGAGAGAAAUUUCACCUAAGCUGGGGGAGCGAAGUCAGCAAGGCUUUAACAUGCAAGCAUCGGGCGCAGCAUUCUGCGGAGAGCUUCCUGUGGGGCAGCUGGAGCACAGGGAUAAGAACUCUGUGAAGGACAGCGGAUAAGGUCAAGUUCCUGCGCCAGUGGCACUGCGUUUUCAUCAGACCUGCUCCAACAGAUCUGUGUCCUUCCUGUGCUGAGAGCUCCAAAGCUGGAUGCAGGGCUCCAGUGGGGGAUUUAGAGCUCUUGUGCUCCAUGAUACCAUCCUAAACAUCUGCCAACUCUGUUCUGCUCCCUUGUCCUUGAGGGCAGUCUUCCAGGUGGCCCUUGUCCCAGAGGCACCCAACAGGCAGGGAAGACCGGAUGGACAGAAAGAAACAUAGUAAAUGGAAGAUUUGGAGACUAACUUAAUCCAGACACGCAAAAUAUGUAGAAUAGAGCAAAUGGUAGCAAAAUGGCUUCAUCGCUCUCGAGAUGGAGCAUCCAGGGGCAGAAUGUCUGUGACAGACAGCACCAGUGAUGGCAAUGGCCAGCCUGCCAGCCAUGUCAAACUUACUGUCACAGUAUACAAAGACUUGGUCCUCCAUCACUUCGGCUUUGAGAUUUGUCCAAACCUUCCUCUGACGAUUGCAUCUGUCACUGCAGGGAGCACCGCUGAAGGGAAGCUACAACCAGGUGACCAGCUCCUCCUGAUAAACUCUACGUCGGUGGAUGAUGUGUCUGUCGAACGAGCAGCAGACAUCAUCAGGGAGGCCGGUGAUGAGCUCCUUCUAACCAUCCUGCGCUGCACGUCGGGCGGGCCUAAGUCAUCAUUUCUUACUGCAGAGAAGAGGGCAAGGCUGAAAACAAACCCUGUGAAAGUGCGAUUCGCAGAGGAGGUGCUGGUGAAUGGACACACACAGGGGAAUUCUCUUCUUUGUAUGCCCAACGUUCUCAAGGUAUACUUGGAAAACGGACAGACGAAGGCAUUCAGGUUUGAGACAAGCACUACUGUGAAGGACAUUGUUCUCACCUUGAAGGAGAAGCUGUCCAUCCAGAACAUUCUGCACUUUGGCCUUGCUCUGGAGGAGCAGUACAAUGUGGCAAAGAUCCACCUGCUGCAUGAGGAGGAGCUCAUCGAGCAGGUGGUCCAAAAAAGAGAAUCUCAUGACUACCGGUGCCUCUUCAGAGUUUGCUUUGUCCCAAAGGAUCCCUUAGACCUUCUGCAGGACGACCCAGUUGCCUUCGAAUAUCUCUAUCUGCAGAGCUGCAGUGAUGUGCUCCAGGAAAGAUUUGCUGUGGAAAUGAAAUGCAGUGUGGCAUUACGUCUGGCUGCUCUGCACAUACAAGAGAGGAUUUAUGCUUGUGCUCAGCCACAGAAAGUAUCGUUGAAAUACAUUGAGAGGGACUGGGGAAUUGAAAACUUCGUCUCACCAACUUUGCUUCGAAAUAUGAGAGGGAAGGAUAUCAAGAAAGCCAUCAGCUACCACAUGAAGCGGAACCAGGUGCUGCUGGACCCUCGGCAGAAGCAUAUGCUUGCAGCAGUCCAAGUGCGCCUGUGCUACUUGCAAAUACUGGGAGACCUGAAGAUGUACAAUGGGAAGAUCUUUAAUGCCACAAUGAUGCUACAGGACAGAGAAUCGUAUGUUGCCUUGUUGGUGGGUGCCAAGUAUGGGGUGAGCCAGAUUAUCAAUAAUAAGCUCAACAUCAUAACAAGUCUGGCAGAGUUUGCAAACAUCAGCAGGGUGGAGCUUGCAGAAGAGUCUGAGAGAGUGAGCAUGGUGAAAAUCUACCUGCAAGAUCUGAAGGUGCUGACUCUGCUGCUGGAAUCAAAUGGUGCAAAAGACCUUGUCUGCCUCAUCACUGGCUAUUACAGACUGUUCGUGGAUGCAAAUGUCUCCAUAUUUACCUGGAGAGAGAAAAAACAGCAACCACACCGUGUCUCUGCUGAAGAAGGGUACGCAUCUCGAACCUGUAGUGACUCUGAAGACUCCUGGGACCUGGAUUCCUCCUCAGAGCAUUGCUUGGACGCUGCCAUAGCAUACAGCAGCACCCAUCCUGUGUGCAACGAGGAGGAGCUACCAGAGCUCCUGGAGAAGGAUAGCACAAAGCCCCAAGCUGGAGGCAGUGACCAAGGCAACAGAGGUGACAAUGCAACAGACAGCACAUCCGAGGCUUCAGAUUCAGCCAACACUGAGAGCCGAGGAUUUAAGACAAGUGGUUCCAGUGACUCUAUGGAUGCACUGGAGGAAGAUGAGUUGGAAGCUUGCUCUUCCUCCAGGCCAGAGUUCUUCCAGUUCUGCACACCAACAGUGCAGGAGAUGAGUAGCUCAGACAAGAGCUUCUUCCCCGUUCGUGCUGCAGGAGGCUCCAGCAGGGCAGAAACUGGAGACUACUUCUGUUUCUUGCAGGUACCAUGUGCAGAGGAGCCUGGGUGUGAAGAGGGCCCUUCUGAGCAGAGAGGGGAGGACAUUGGUGUGUCUGUACUGGAGGCCAAGCUGUGUGAGGGAAACACCAUGGGCUACUACAGUUUGUGCUACAGCAUAUCCCCUGCAGGCAGCGUGGCCAGAAGCAACACCAGUCACAGCCCACAAAAUAGUCCUUGGAAAGACGAAUCUGUGCAGGAGAAGGCACCAAGUGGAGCACAGCUGAUGGCAGAGGCGAAUGACUUCACGUUGGAGCCACCCCCAGGCUUUGGAGAUACCAGCUCUGAGGAGGAGUUCUAUGAUGCUGCAGACAGGCUCAGCCCUCCAGACGUCCUGGCAGCAGGCUACAAUAUGACAUCCCAGGAGGGCACAGAUGACAACUCCUGCAUCCUAAAGAAACCAAGGUGUUACAGCUUGGGGGAAAACAUGAUGACAAGGCAGACAGUGAGAGAGAAACACAGAAAGGAGAAGGAGCUGACAUAUGCCAAAAGCCUGAGGAAGAGGAGAUCUUUCCUGAAAACAGAUUACACCUCGCAGGUCACGUUCCCCUUGGCUUUGCCAGGCUCUCUGCAGAGCUGUUGCUCAUGGCCACCUCCCGCCCCACUCCUUGCUCAGCCCCUGGCUCCAUCCUCCUCAGAGAACAUGAGGAAGGAUGCAGAGCUGAGAUUUCCUGCUGCCAUCCAGGCACAAAGGGAUACUGUUAGCACAAGUCCAUCCUCUGACCUGAUGGAAAUGGAGCCUGACACCAUGGAAACAAAAUCAGUGACUGACUCAGUGGUUUCUUCCAUCUCAGCUCUUCGCCUGCAGGGUGAUUGGCACAGGGAGGAGAGCACAGGCAUUGCCACACCUGUGGACUGUGGUCUCCAACCUGUACAUGCUGUACAUCCACCUCUCCUGUGUCUGGGGGAAGAUGUGCCGCUUCCUGGGGGACAAAGCAGAGCUGCGCAGGAAGGUUUCUCCAUGAGGACAAAUGCUGGGUGGCCAAAUGAGAAGACCAGUGUGGUUCAAGGUGCACAGGAGGAGGUGGGUGAGGUGAUGCCAGCCCAGCACAAGGCUGGUGAUGUACUGCCAUUCCUGGGCCAAGAGGUGACCUGCCAUGCUAAUGAACAAGCAUUGCCACCAUUGGCUCACAGCUCCAGCAUGGUCUCUCCCCAAGAGGUGCCCCAGGAGCUGCUCCCCACUGCUGGGAGGCAAGCAGCGUGUGAGCAGGCUGUUCUGGCUCCCUGUGAAGAAAAAGCUAGUCAGGACCAGUUUGCUGAAAACAGCUGUGACGGUGUCUUCUCACAGGCAAAAACCAGACAAGUGAUAAACCAUGAGACCUUACGGAAAGUGCAUGAUAAAAAUCAUGUAGGUUUUCCCGAUGCAACCCAGCUCUUAGCAGAUUGCAUCACCACUUCAGGGGUUAUAACUCGCCUUUCCUUGCGCUCAUUUGGGGUGAGGGCAGACCUCACAUUGCCCAGCCCAUCUCAGGAAAGGGCAGAUAUCCAACUAGAGGAUUUGGCCUCCCAGAAGAAUGGUGGGUGCCUAGGGGCUGAUGCUGUCAGAAGGGAGAUGCAAACAUCCCCAGCUGGACCACCCCUUGAGAAAAAAUUGGUAAGCAGCCAGGGGCUGGAUGAAAGAGAGCCCAGAAAAGAUGUAGGAAAUGUUGCUCACAGACAGCCACAGCCUGUUCAGACUCCUCUUCAUAGUGAACAGGCUACUGAGGUGGACUUUCCUCUAGCUUCAUCUGUAGGGCUUUCCAUCCCAGGCUCAAUUCUCUUGGGAUCACUGGGGAAAAGAGCAGGAGGUAAUGAGGCUUCAAAACACUCCUUCCUCUGCUUUAACCACAAGGAUGAGCAGACCCCUUCUGACCCCACCAUGACCAGAUCCUUGUGUUUUUCCAUGAUGAAAAAGACAUCACCACAGCCUGGGAUGGACAAAUGCGGCUGUCGGCUGUCCUACAUCAGCUGCUUCCACAGGCCUGAUGACAAGGGGGAGCAUGAAACCACUGUUCCCGUGUGCAGCACAUUUCUGGCGCCCCUCACCAUCCCACCAUCCAGCAGCUGCAGUCUCUCUGGGACUCCACUGGGCAGUUACCCAGUUUCCAUUGCCAGGGACAUGGUGUGGUGGGACCCUCAUGUCCAAGCCCUCAGUCAUCUGAAGGACCAAGCACGGAUGAGCCCUGCAGAUUUCUCCUGCUUCCUAGACUACACCACAGAGCUUCAGGAGGUUGUGGGGAAGUUCUCUGGGACACAAGGAACCCACGUGCAAGAUCAAUGUGCAGAGCAGGGUGCUGAGAGCAAAGGUGCCCUUGGACUAGCCUCACAGGACCUGCUCUCCAGUUGUCAGGAGCUCCUGAAAACAGAGCAGCCCCUCAAAGAGCUGCAGGGUGUGCUGAAGGUGACAUUCGACCACCUGGUUCAGCUGGCAGUGGCCUGCUUCCAGGUGACACACUGCCAGCAGUGCAGGCAGAGGCAGCCAGAGCUCAGGGCUGCACUCGUGGAUGUAGUGGGCACCUACCACCAGCUUGUGCAGGCUGUUCACCAGCAGCUCUGCAGGCAAGGUUGCCCAGAUCUGGGUGCCAAGCUCCUUGCCCACCAACACAUGGCCCUUACAGCUGCCAUGUUUUAUCUCCUGCAGCAGUUCAGAGUACCCCCAUUGUUGUGACGGGGCUG